AUGGCCAUCAUCGCCGCUGAUCUCGAUCUGUACACUCAGCAAGUGGGCCAACAGGUCAUUGACGAUACCGGAUUUGACAUGCCAUGCUUGGACCAGUUAUAUGACCCAUAUCAAUCAAUCGUUGGGGACGGCUUCCUCGAUCUUCUCAACCAAGUUCCCAGCGUAGACGAGUCGAAUAGCAGCAACUCAGUAUCGAGCUAUUCGCCUCCUGACUCUGGGCCAGAGAGCCAUCUCAGCUGGAUCAGCUCCAACCCAUCAUCAAAUCUUGACCAUUCCGUGAGCGCAAAGGUGCGUAUGGAUCGGCGUGUAGAGACAGUGGUCGUUCAAGUGGCGCGGCUGACUCACUUUUCAAAGAAAGAAAGACGCCGGCGCCAGAAUCGAGUUUCACAGGCCGCCUUCAGACAGCGAAAGGACCAGGAGCUAGCGUCGCUGAAAAAUCAAGUCCGCGAGCUCCUCGCCGAGCGCGAGGCUGUUGGGGAGAUUCGAGCCCGGAUAGGGUCAAUGAUCGACAACCUGGUACAAGUCAUGGAUAGCUUGGACCGUGAAAGGACCGCGACAUCGCCGUCUCCAACCAACUCAACUUCGCUGCGACAGGGGGUACAGCCCCGGCGCAGAAGUGGCCACAAGAAUGGAUCCGGACGUGACUAG